AUGCCAACCACCCUCUCAAUCCUCGUCUUCGUCGCCUCGCCACUCGACUACGCCAGAUACAGACACACAGCCCUAUUCUUCGAUUUCAACGCACAGUCGAGCAGAAACUCAUCCAGCGAAGAUGAAGACCAAAUCGAAACAGCCGUGACCGACUCCGCGCUAAUCCAGAAAACAAAUACUCUCAUGAACAGGCAAGACGCCCGUCCCGAAUUCGAAUCCGAUAACGCCAAUAUCAAAUCCUCCCUCAUGGAAGUUAUCGGGGAACGGGGCUUCUUUAAUUUCACGGAGCGGGUUAAUUCAGCCAUUCCCGUUUCUUCGACUGAUCUCGCGCACAUAAUCCCCGUUUCGACGCUAGAGGCUGCGCCGCCCUCCGCUCUCCGCCUAAUUACCUCCGACACGCUGAUUCCGUCGAAUGCCUCCGAUGAGCAGGAUUGGAAUAGUCAGAAUUGGGUAGGGGAUGCGCUGGGGCGGCUUGUGAAGGCUGGUUAUUUGGAUGCGGGCGAUCGGGAUCGGGCGUUGGAUGAGAUGGUUGAUGCUGUUCUUGAGGCGGGGGAUGAGGAGGUUGUUUCGAAUGGGUGA